ACGGGCCCCCGCCGGGAGCGGCGUUUUGCGGGUGGGCUUCGGCUUCUUAGCUGUUUGGUAUCUGCUGUGGUCCGGCGGAACUAGGGGCCUCCGUGGCCGGGUUCUUCCACUUGCCUUUUCCGGAACGAAGUGGGGGAGUCUUUUUUCCAGCUCUACCGGAUCUGAUGUCCAUCCAUAAUCUUUUCAUCCCGCCCAAUUCUAUAAUAAUCUUGUUAAGGAUGACUGUUUCUUAGAAUCUUUGAACGCAAACUCUUGCCAGCAGAGCGCUGAUGCUGGCGAUACAAAGAUGGGCAUGACUAGACCUCGGGGCUCCAUUCUGGCUGGUCAGAGGGCUAAAAAGCUGCACGAUUGGCUUUAGUCCUAAACCAUUUGUAGCUAUGGACUUGCCAGAUGAAAGCCAGUGGGAUGAAACCACUUGCAACUUGGCUGUUUGUCCGCAUCCACAAUGCUGGGCAACUAUCCGCCGCAUUGAGAGAGGCCACCCUCGAAUCCUGGGCGCCCCCUGCAAAACUCUUCUGGAUGUUGAAGACAAACUCCCUGUGGUCACCAUUGUAAACGUCUUAGAUUCCUUCUUCCAGGCCAAGAGACUUGCUCAUUGUCCUUCCUCAGGAUUUACUUUCACCGAGGCUCGCUCUUUAUUGUCUCGAGGCUCAAGGUUUGACUCCAAAUUGCGAGGCAGGCCUCGGAAGGCUUUACCUGGCAAAGAUUUAAUUGAUGAUACUAGUAGAUCUCUUGAAAGAAGUCACGGAUUAAAUAAGCUUUCAGUGCUGAAUUUGAAUAAGAUAAAACUUCCCUGCCCUCAAGAUGUUAGAAACAUGGUUGUAAUCUGGGUCCCGGAAGAACCAGAGAAGCAUGUAACUCUAGCUGAGAAGAAGCAUACUGUUCCCAGCCUGGAUGGGGAGAAGAAAGGAAAGAAAUCUACAGUGAAAGACCAGUCAUCUCCGGUUCACUCUGGAAAGCAGAGCACAGAAAGGCAGCUGGGGCCUCCGGGGAUAAGUGUGCCUCCCUCCUCCCCCGCACACUUGUUUGAGCAACUCAAUUCAGAAUUCACACCUUUCUGGAACCAACUCGACAUGUUACCUCAGGAGCUCUUGAAGCACCUUUUGCCAGAAGAGAAAACUGUGCCUUGUCCAGAGAUGAAGACUCAAUUGGCCAUGAUGAGAAAGAAGGGUCCUUUGAAAAAGAGCCGACCUGACAGUGCCAUUUCUGCUAGGAUGUUUUUAUCUGUACACCGCCUCACCCUACAAAGACCAGCAUUGAGAUAUCCUGGGCGUUUUAAGAGACUAUACUAUAACCUGAAUACAGAAGGUCACAGGAAGCAGCAGCAGUGGCAGCAACAGAGGAAGGUGAAGACACCUCCUAAGAAACAGGAGGCUAAAAAGAAAUCCACGAAUGAUCCAUGGAGGCAGAACGCUUCACAUAAACCUUCGGGUGCCAUGAUUUAUGACCCACGCUAUGGUCGCAGAACUCUACCAGGUCAGGAAAGUGACAAAAAGCAGCAGCAGCAGAUGAAGAGAGAAGGUCCCACUUUGAAACGGGGUUCCACAGAAAGACAAAAGAUGGACCAGUCUGCAAACCCCCUGGAGUCCUUCCCCAGUAAGGAGAAUCCUGAAUUAUCCAAGACAGAACUCACUAAUCAGCACAUCAGUACUCAGAUGGAGGUUGUGCUGGAAGCCCAAGAGAGGACCCCAGAGGACCUUUCAGCCAGUACGUCUGGAAGAAGCUGGAACCCUGAGCUCAAACUACUGAGGAUUCUUCAGGGCACUGAUGAUGAGGACGAGGACGACCAAUGUUCUGGGGCACAGAGCGAGCAGUCUCUGGAGGGAUAGGCAGAAGGCAUCGCCGGGGCAGCCUUAUUCCGGAGCAGGAUGCCUGCACUCCUGGGGACGACAACUUUGGACAUAAGGGCAGAAAGGAGAGGGGAACUUCUGCUCCUUGAAGCCUUUACCAGGUUCUGACCUUGCGGAUUCUGUUCACUUCUACUUGCCUCUAAAAUAAGUCAGAAGAGAAAGCCCCACCCCUUUUAAACUUACAUUGUUUCUCUUCCAUUAGGGUCAGAAUAAUUUUAGUGAUUA